GGAAGAUUGGGGAGUGGCUUUGACGACAACUGUCAGCUGAAUUACAACAUAUGUCAAUACCGCUAUUUUAAUCAAUAUCAUCAGCCAGAUACAUUUAUGUAGCAGAGGUGCCGUCGCCUUGCUACUAUGUACAGUAACCGACCUCCAAAUCGACUUCAAUCCAUCGAACGCGAAACCUAAGACCAUUCAUCCGCUCUAGCUAGGGAGAGAAGACCUCAAGCGUUAGGACGAGUUACACGCGUACGCACGCAAGGGGACGUUACUCGAGGAUCGAGUUACCUUGUAUUACUGGCAAAACCAUUCAAUAUUGAGACAAUAAAUCUUCAGCGCAGCUAAUUGCUGCUGAAGGGGGAUAGUUGUUGAACGCAUAAAGUGCCUCCUGGGCUAUUAUGCCUAAUUAUUCGACUAUUUCUGGAGAGGGCUCCGCCUCGGCUGGCGAUAUGACAAGACAAAAACGUGCUCGUGGCCGCCAAAAGGAGGGCGGAGGAGGGUCGGCGACCAUGAUAAGCAGUGUGGUCAACCUCCUCAACACUAUUAUCGGCGCCGGCACAUUGGCGAUGCCCUCCGCUAUGUCACAUUUUGGAAUGGUCAUCGGAGUUAUUGUUAUUAUAUGGUCAGGAUUCACAUCUGCUUUCGGUCUUUAUCUACAAUCUCGAUGCGCACGAUAUCUCGACCGUGGAUCCUCAUCUUUCUUCGCCUUAUCCCAAAUUACGUAUCCGAAUGCGGCUGUAAUAUUCGAUGCUGCGAUAGCGAUUAAAUGUUUUGGAGUUGGUGUAUCGUACAUGAUUAUUAUCGGGGACUUGAUGCCGGGUGUUGUGGAAGGGUUUGAUACCAGGGCCUCUGAAAUACCCUUCCUAAUGGAUCGCAAUUUCUGGAUCACCGUCUUUAUGCUCGUCAUUAUCCCGUUAAGCUUCUUGAGGCGACUAGAUUCCCUGAAAUACACCAGUCUAGUAGCUCUCGUUGCUAUUGGAUAUUUAAUCGUACUGGUUGUCUAUCACUUCGCCGCAGAUCCCCUAGCUCCUAGGGAUAAGAUUCGAUUCAUCUCAUGGGGAGGGCCUGUGGAAGCGCUGGCUAGUUUACCUGUCGUCAUAUUUGCAUACACCUGCCAUCAGAAUAUGUUUUCGAUUCUUAACGAGUUAUCGAACAACUCUCCCGGAAGUGUCAUGGGUGUGAUUUCUACAAGCAUCGGCUCUGCUGCUAGUAUUUAUGUACUUGUCGCAAUUACCGGCUACCUGACCUUCGGUAACGAUGUAAUAGGCAAUAUCGUAUCGAUGUAUCCUGCAUCCAUUGCUUCAACGAUUGCUAAAGCAGCUAUUGUGGUUCUAGUCACAUUUUCUAUCCCUCUACAAGUACACCCAUGCCGAGCAUCUGUAGACGCAGUUCUCAAGUGGCGCCCCAAGGAUGUUUCCCGCCCACAAGCGCGUACAAACUCCCCUGGUGGUCGACCACUUCUCGCUAAUGCAGCGCCGGCAAGGUCGGAUCAUGGAACAGCACCUAUUUCAGACUUACGCUUCGCUAUCCUCACUACCAUAAUCCUAGUUCUAGCGUAUGCUGUGGCAUUAACUGUCGUCUCGUUAGAACGGGUGCUGGCCUACGUAGGCUCUACGGGAAGCACUAGUAUUAGCUUCAUUCUCCCAGGUCUAUUUUACUAUAAGAUCUCUGACCCGAACUCGAUUCAUCAUCAGCGCCUGGCGAAAGAAGAUGAUGAUGCCUUGUCGCCUCAUAACUCUGAAGACGACGAAGAGGACGUGGAUGAUGGUCUUCUAGGAAGAAGUGUGGAAAGCAUUCGCAGCGCAGCGAGUGGUUCGAGCGUCAAGAACACAAAGUCGCCAUGGCGAUGGCGGAGGAAGUGGAGGUGGGAUAUGGAGCAUAUCGACCACGAGGUUUUGAGAGGCGCAUCACUGGCUUUGGCUAUUUAUGGUCUCUGUGUCAUGGCUGUAUGCUUGGCGAUGAAUUUGGUCGGUACUGUCGUGGCGCAUUAAGCUGUAAUCACCCAUCACCUAUUUACCCCGGCCGAGGUUGGAUGGGCCGGGAAAAGAUUAUCAACAUCAUCAAUUAGGACAGCGCAUUUCUAAGGAAGCAUAAGGGGUUGCAUUGCGCUCGUUCGGUUUCCUUUUUACAUCAUUGGGAGUUCGAGGUCGUCAUUCUUGUAUAUACUUAAGUAUUGAUAUUCCCAGCAUGAGUUGGUGUUGGGUUUGCUGAAAUUGUACAUGAUCAUACCGGAUCCUGAUUUCUUAUCUCAUCUCACGAACUCACAAGUUCUAAGGUUUUAUCGACAUUAAACAUCCA